GCCCAGGCGGGAGCGAAAACAAGGCGGCCUCGCCAGACACAUGACCUCGGCCUGCCCCCACGUCCGCAUGCGCCCCGGCGUCGGGCGCAGAGGCUGCGCUCACAGGGGUCCCGGCGUGCAUCGCGGGCGAGGCGGGACCCGGAAGCGCGGGGCGGAAGGGAGGGAACUGGCCGCACCUGGCACCGGGAACCCCGGAGGGAAGAAUUGAACCUGGGCUGCCGGGAGACACCGGGAAAAGGCGGCCCCAAGGGAUGCAGGAGCGGUCUUCGUCGGUGAGCACAGUUCUGAAGUGGUCGCGUCUCGCGUGCCGCUUCACGAGAUGGUCUAGAAAUGGUCUAGAGGUGCCGCCCAAGACUGGGAACCGUUCGGUCUGGGGUUGGAGGACACAAUUCAAAAACCCUCCAGAGGGUCCUCUCAGCAGGUGCACCAGGACCAUGCUGCUACUGACUCAGGGGCCCAGGACUUGGCAUGGGCUCUCUCAGCUUAAGCCCCCAAGCCAGCCCCUGCAUUUGACAUCCUGGCUCUCUUCAAGGCAGAGCCCUGCACAGAUGAGGGGGCAGGGCCAGUCCCAGGGUCCUGGGUUGAGAACCAAGCUGCUGGUCACAGCCCUCUUUGGGGUGGGGCUGGGCGGAGCCUGGCUGGCAGCAAGGGCUGAGAAGGAGCAGCAGAAGCAGCAGCUGCGCACACAGGCCCUACGCCAGGCUGCUGUGGGCCAGGGUGACUUCAGCCUGCUGGACCACCAAGGCCAGGCUCGCUGCAAGGCUGAUUUCCGGGGCCAGUGGGUGCUGCUAUACUUUGGUUUCACUCAUUGCCCUGACAUCUGCCCAGAUGAGCUGGAGAAACUGGUGCAGGUAGUGCGGCAGCUAGAAGCCAAGCCUGGCUUGCCUCCAGUACAGCCUGUCUUCAUCACCGUGGACCCUGAGCGGGACGACGUUGCAGCCAUGGCCCGGUACGUGCAGGACUUCCAUCCGAGGCUUCUGGGUCUGACAGGCUCCCCUGAACAGGUUGCCCAGGCUAGCCGCAGCUACCGCGUAUACUACAGAGCCGGCCCCAAGGAUGAGGACCAGGACUAUAUUGUAGACCACUCCAUCGCCAUCUACUUACUCAACCCUGACGGCCUCUUCACCGACUACUACAGCCGGGGCAGGUCAUCUGCGCAGAUUGCAGACAGUGUGCAGCAGCACAUGGCUGCUUUUUGCAGCAUCCUAUCAUAAGGGGCCACAGUCUGUCAUUAAACGGGGUGUCUCGA